GGGCCUGGCGGGCCUCGGCAACGCAGUAGUCGACAGACUUCCAGCUGGGGUUGUGGCGCCCGGGCCACCGCUGCCGCUGACGACCCCCGCCCCCGCCCCCACAUGCAGCGCCGCCCCUCUGUGGCUGCCUGUGAAGCAAGGCUGCCAAGCCCGGGCUCCGCCUGCCUCCCUCCUCGCGGCUUUCUGCGUCCUCGCCGAGCGGGCGCGAUGCGGCUGGGCCUAAGGCCCGCGGCGCUAGGACUGCUGCUGCCGCUGCUGCUGUACGCCGCGGGGGCUGGCGCCAGCAAGGCGGAGGAACUGCACUACCCGCAGGGCGAGCACCGGGCGGACUACGACCGCGAAGCGCUGCUGGGUGUCCAGGAAGACGUCGAUGAGUAUGUUAAACUUGGCCACGAAGAGCAGCAAAGACGAUUGCAGUCGAUCAUAAAGAAAAUUGACUCGGACUCUGAUGGCUUUCUUACUGAAAAUGAACUCAGUCAGUGGAUUCAGAUGUCUUUUAAGCAUUAUGCUAUGCAAGAAGCCAAGCAGCAGUUUGUGGAGUAUGAUAAGAACAGCGACGGUGCUGUGACAUGGGAUGAGUACAACAUCCAGAUGUAUGACCGAGUGAUUGACUUUGAUGAGAACACUGCUCUGGAUGACACAGAAGAGGAGUCGUUUAGGCAGCUUCAUCUAAAGGAUAAGAAGCGAUUUGAAAAAGCUAACCAGGAUUCAGGUCCUGGUCUGAGUCUUGAAGAGUUCAUUGCGUUUGAGCACCCUGAAGAAGUUGACUAUAUGACGGAGUUCGUCAUCCAAGAGGCUUUGGAAGAACAUGACAAAAAUGGCGAUGGGUUUGUUAGUUUGGAAGAAUUUCUUGGCGAUUACAGGCGGGAUCCAACUGCAAAUGAAGACCCAGAAUGGAUACUUGUUGAAAAGGACAGAUUUGUGAAUGAUUAUGACAAAGAUAACGAUGGCCGGCUUGAUCCCCAAGAGCUGUUGUCAUGGGUGGUGCCCAAUAACCAGGGCAUUGCACAAGAGGAAGCUCUUCAUCUGAUUGAUGAGAUGGAUUUGAAUAGUGACAAAAAGCUCUCUGAAGAAGAGAUUCUGGAAAACCAAGACUUGUUCCUUACCAGCGAAGCCACGGAUUAUGGCCGACAGCUCCAUGACGACUACUUCUAUCAUGACGAGCUUUAACCCCGAGUGCGCCCCAGCAGGAUACGGCCUUCUGUAGUUUGCUACCAGCUUGACUUUUAUGAUGAAAUAUGGAUGUUGUCCUUUACACUCUUAAGUCUUACCACUUCAGAUGAUCUAAGUGUAGAUUAUAACUUUUGGCCUUUU